UCUUCAAAAAUAUGAUGGAAUUAAAACCGCACCUCAGCCACUGAGAUGCUUCUUCAGAUUAAGUCCAGAGUGGUUGGUCGAGUCAUAUUCACGAAUGUAGAACAGUCGCUAAAUUGGGUAAUGCGGGUUUACGGGGGAGCCUGAAGGCGUCAUUGUUCCACCCCUGCUGGGCUGACAGAAAGCUAACGUUAAAUCUAGAGCAGCAUUCACGGGCAGGACGCGGUUCUCACAAUCUCUCCCGCGCCGAGUCGACAAGUCGGGAGCGGAGCAGCAAAGCGUCCUGGACGCGCCGGAGUUUGCAACCGAAACGUCGUUUUGUCUUGACAACUCGCGGCGGCUAACGGUAACAAGCUAAGCUAGCAGGGCGAGCUAACGACAGUUGGCUAAAACUCCUGCUCCCCGCUGUGGACGUCCCGCUGCAGGCUGCUGGACUCCACCAAUCCAGCCAUGUAAACUGCUCUGAUGUGUGCACUUCUAUAUCCAUUCAAGGCCUGGUUGAGGCAGCAUCCGAGCUGGUCUGGAGGACCGCACACUUACUGUGACCUAAAGACCCAACAGACCUGCAGCUGAUUUUGGCUGAACAGGUGUAUGCUGGUUCUGAUCGUAGCAUAACACCCCCUCUCCCCCUCGAGAAGCCGCUCUCCCCGCAGCACCACCACCACCACCAUCAUGCCUCUGGGUUUGGGAAGAAGGAAGAAGGCGUCCCCGUUAGUCGAGAACGAGGAAGCGGAGCCCAUCCGUGCGGGUCUCAGCGUGCCAGGUAUGGAUGGCCUGGACGGAGGCGUCAUUGGUCUAGGGGAGGGCGCCGCCUCCGAAGGUCUGCCCCCGCCGCACAGCAGCAUGCGACCUCGCCUCAUCUUCCACACUCAGCUGGCCCACGGCAGCCCCACGGGCCGCAUCGAGGGUUUCAGUAACGUGCGGGAGCUCUACGCCAAGAUUGGCGAGGCCUUCGGGAUACCGCCGGCGGAGGUUAUGUUUUGCACGCUGAACACUCACAAGGUGGACAUGGAUAAACUGUUGGGAGGUCAGAUUGGAUUAGAGGACUUUAUUUUUGCCCACAUUAAAGGACAGCGAAAGGAAAUUGAGGUCUAUAAAGGAGAGGAUGCACUCGGAUUGACAAUAACUGAUAAUGGAGCUGGCUAUGCUUUCAUCAAGAGAAUCCGCGAGGGGAGCGUCGUUCACCAGAUCCAGGUCAUCAACGUGGGGGAUAUGAUCGAAUCCAUCAACGGCCAUCGCCUGAUUGGGUGUCGGCACUAUGAGGUGGCCAAGAUGCUGAAGGAGCUACCCAAAGGGAAGGAGUUCAUAAUCAAGCUGGUGGAGCCCCUCAAGGCCUUUGAUAUGAUCGGCCAGCGGUCCGGAGGGUCGAGGUCGGCCUCGGGAGUUCAGCUGGGGACCGGCAGAGGAACUCUGCGGCUGCGCUCCAAAGGUCCCGCUACGGUGGAGGAACUGCCCUCUGCAUUUGAGGAGAAGGCCAUUGAGAAGGUGGAUGACCUGCUUGAGAGCUACAUGGGGAUCAGAGACAGCGAGCUGGCGGCCACCAUGGUGGAGCUUGGAAAGGACAAGAAGAACCCGGAUGAGUUUGCAGAGGCUUUGGAUCAAACCCUCGGGGACUUUGCCUUCCCAGACGAGUUUGUUUUCGACGUCUGGGGGGCCAUCGGCGACGCGAAGGUCGGGCGAGUGUAACGUCCGACGCCGUCGGGGAGCAGAGCAACCUGUGUGCGGCACCCUCAACAUUCAGCACUACUAGGAAACCCAACACUGCCGUCAUGAGUUUGGUUUUUUAUUCCAGUGUAUACCGCUAUUUUCAUUUAAUUCAGUGUGCCCUUGGGUGAGCCUCUGCCCAGACAAAGAGGAUAGUGGAAGUUAAUGGGAGAAGAAGAGGACUCUGAUGACUUCCCAAGUGCUUUUAGUUGUCUUCCGGCUUUUUACCCGAAACUGCAAGCACGCCGAUGAGCUUUUCCCUUUGAACACAUCACAUGAACCUGCAUGUCGUUGUUUUUUGGUGCAACAAGCAGAGCACAGGUCUCUAUGGGAGCAGAGCAAGGCGACACAAAUGUAGAUCAUUAAUUCGUAAAAAAAAAAAGGAAGUGAUUUUUUCUCUUUGUUCCCCCCACACUGCGCUCUGAAGCGACUACAGAGGUGAACAGCCAUCGUACUGCAGCUCACCUUGUGAGCGGCACAAUGCACAAUGCAAGGCGUCCCAGUGACUUCCUGAACCCCUCGCUGUUACUGUUACGGAUCAGUUUUUACAAGCAUGUGCUGUUGUUAUAUUUGUAUCUUCAUACGGAAAUAUGCUGGUUUUAUGUUAUUUUCAUUUGGUUAAAAAAAAGUAUAGUAUUUGCAAAACUCAGAUUAGCUUGCUGACUAAAAGAUCAUCUUCAAUUGCUACCUGCUGUAAUGGAGUUAACUUUCAUACAUCUGUGUUAAUUUACUUUAUUGAAGGUGAAAGAGGAGCCAAGUGGUUCCAGUUUUGUGGGUCGUUUUGACAUAUUUUUUUAUGGCUAGUGUUUUUAUAUAAAGUGAUGUGAAGUUUGUAUUCUUUUGAAACAGGGUUUGUGUGAUGGAUGAAGAAAUUGAUCUUGUGUUGCAACUACUUUAUUUUGAAGCAUUACAGAAGGCAGUAUUAAAGAGAACGUUGUGAGGGAGUAGAUGUGUAAAAGGAAAGUGUUCAGGACAAAAUGCCUUCAUUUCUUCUCAUUCCAUGCAUUUUAUGUUGACAUUUUAUGAAGUAUGAAUUCUGAUGCGUAGUGUGACAUAUUCUGUCAUUGGGAGCUCAGUGAUACCAAACUACUUCUUCACGUGUUGCAGGGACUUGUGUGACUCAAAGAGAAAUCAGCAGGCAAUGCUGCACCCACUACUCAGCGUAGGUAAACACACGUCUUAAACCCUUCUGGUGUUAACCUUUUCAGUAUUUGCAAAUGUAUGACGCUGUUUUGUAGUUUUGUUUCAUUCUUCAGAUGUGACGAAAUAUUUAAAUGUAAUGAAACUCAUUUUAGAACACUAACACUGAGAAAAACAAGUUAUUUUAAUGGCUUUGUAUUACACUGUUGUCAAUGUCCAAUUAUAAUGCAAUAACACCAACA